AUGCCGCCCGAGGAGCUGCGAGAGGCGCUGAGGGCGUCGCUGCAGCGCGAGCAGCGGCUGCUGGCCCAGCUGGUAAUCAUCCGCAGGCAGGCUGACGAGGCGCUGCGGGGCAGCACGCCGUGCACCAUGGCCAUGCCCCACCCGCUCGACUUCCUGCUGCCCUUUGAGGGAGAGCAGCACUGGGACUGCACGCUGGUGCUCCUGCUGCCGCCCGUUGAGGACCAGAAGGCGGCGCAGCAAGAGGACGGCGGCACGCCCGACGCCGACCGCCAGCAGGCAGACCAGCAUGAGCAGCAGGGCGAUGAGCGGCGGGAUGCACAGCAAGAUGAGAGCAAGGGGCCAGCUGCCAAGCGGCAGAAAGCAGAGCAGCAGAGCGUGGAUGGGCCGCAGCAUCAGCAGCCUCCUGAGCAGCGCAGAGUCAGUCUUCAAACCAGCUCUACCCUGCUGGCGCUGUAUUCUGAAAAGUUCAGGGACUGGAUUGCUCGCUGGAUGGGCGGCGCCGCCGAGAAAGAGCUGGAGGUGCAUUGCCGCAGCGAGGGCGAGGUGGCUGGCUACCGGCACCUGCUGGCCUUCAUUCACAGCAUGGGCAAGGAGGUGCCUCAAGCCGCCGAGGAGCUGAUCCAGCUGCUGCUGCUGGCACGGGAGCAUGCGGUGGAGCCGGCCGUACUGGCCUGCUUGCAGCGGCUGCAGCAGCAGGUCCCCAGCCUGCCUGCCACAGCCUGCCUGGCCCUACUGUCGGCUCUUGAGACUGGCGUCUCCGGCCACGAGAAGCUUCAGGCAGCGGCGGGCAAGCUUGCAGCCGCCAUAUGCAAGCACCUGCUGCAGCACCUGGGGCCACUGCAAGCCAUGCUGAAUCAUGAUGAGCUGCAGCAGGUGUUUGCCAGCAUUCCAUAUGGCCCGCUGCGGGACUGCAUUUUUGCGGAUGAGAAUGUGGAUGCCGACACCGAGGCCACAGUGCUGGCAGCCUUUGCCUUCUGGGCAGAUCAGAACAUUAAAGACACCGACCGGGAUGCCGGGCAGCGCAUCGCCGCCAUUUGCAGCUGCAUCCGCUUCCCGGCCAUACCUGGUCACAUUCUUGACAAUUACUAUACGUGUCACAGCUUUAUGUGCACCUUUGAUCCCAACAGGGAGCUGCUGUUCCGUGCGAUCACCUCAGCGGCCGAUCUAUCGCAGGCUGUACGCUGGAAGCUACUCAUGGCAGACGGCAAGUUAAUGGACCUCAAGGCUACCUGCGAGCGGUGGUGGUUGCCGCGCCCGCGGCCACUUAGCCUCUACUCCGAGCUUGAGUCUGCCAGUUUUGAAUUCAAGGUUGAGUACACAGUGUGGCUCUGCGCCGCCAACUCCACGUCUGAUUUGGAGGCAGUAUCCGGCACCAGCUUCUUUGAGCCCUGCUCUGGCUCUGGCUGGGGAGAAAUAUUUAUAAAGGAAGCCCCGGAGCAUGGCGGGCAGCCCAUCACCUGGGACGGCUUCUGGGCGGAGGGCUCCCGCUUCAUGCACAACGGCGCCGCCCGCGUGCGCCUGCAGCUGCGCCUGCCCGGCAACUAG